GCAGCGUCGCUAUGAUCCGCAUGGCAGGAUUUGGAAAGCUUGGCUCCUUCGUAGACCCUGAUCCUAUACAGCCUCACAAGAUUCAAUGUUUAGGUCAAAAGACCGCUUCUCCUGUUGGCGAAGUCGAAACGACUUCAGCGGGGCCGGCCUUCACUCUGUCCAGUGGCUCGUUGUUGCAAGCAUCCUAGUGACGCAAUCGGCGUCGUCGAUGACUGUCUCGCCAGCAUUCGUAGCGUCAUCCUCACCAGACGGCGGUCAGAUACUGCCAGUGCAACUUUCACAAAUGAACUGCUCAGCGGCAAUCGCCACCUGCCUGAAGAAGUCGCAGAAUUGCCAACUUGUACAUCACGCUUAUACCCUUGGCUGCUCGAAAGAACUGCAGGGAAGAACCGUGGAAGGACUUUGCCUCGACAAGUGUCGAUUGUCACUAAUAUCACUGUCGUCAAUUAUCGAAGGCUACGAGGUAAUCACGUGUUCGUGCGCUCGUGGCGACAAGGAGUGUGCGAGUAUGCGGAACAUAGAAAACUGUUGGCCAGAGCGGCUUGACUUCAACGAGAGCGAAUUUGAACGGAAGCGCGUCGAUUUCGUGCAGCAGCGGCUCGACUAUAAGCAUAGGCUGGGCGAAUACCAACAAAAACAUGUUCAGGCGGCGGCUACGCAUCUGCAGUUCGUCGAAGAACCCCCCUAUAAUCCACAGGUGUCCUGUGUUGAGCGGCAUCGUCUAUGUAGGGAGAACGGCCUUUGUCAACAAGCGUACGUGCAGUAUGGUCAUGCGUGCCGAUCAACCAUUGAAAAGACGUCUGAGCCAUGCUCAGCACAAUGUGCGGCCAGUGCACGCGUUCUCUAUUCGGUAUCAGAUGGUGGUUAUUUCGCGUGUAUCUGCGACGCGCAGACGAAUGAUCCUGAAGGCGAAUAUUGGUGCCGGCGGCAGAAGCGCCUCAUCGCCGUCAAGUGCUUCGGCUUUAAGCGAGCUUUCACGUCUGGCGUCGCACUGCCUGUGGCGUUAAGUCCAAUUCUCGCAUCGAUCGUCCCCGUAGGCUUUGUGGCAUUGGUCACUAUGGUAAUCGUGCCAUAUCGGUAACAAUCGCCUACAAGCCUUGUGCGGCCGCGUUUUCAUGCGUCGUCGAACGUCGUGAUCAAUACUGCUAUUGACCAGCAAGCAGUUGUUUACCUAUUUUUAACAGCAUCAUCACAACGGCUACUGCUAAUAUUGACUCAUGUCCUUCUUAACAUCGCGCAGUUCGAUAGCAGCAUCUUUAAGCUCAUUUCUGCCACCAAAAUGACCGUGACGAUAAUAGUCAUAAUAACGACGAUUCGGAUAUUGAUGAUAAUGGAGCUGCUAAAAACAAAAUCUGAUUUCUUCAGCUGUGCGUGCUUCUUUCUGGUUUU